AUGAGAAAGGAGUGCAGUUUGAUCCUGAAUAAAGAAACUCAAGCUCCUGACAGACCAGAUGAGGACAAAAAGUUCCUUUCCCCAGCUAAGCCUCCAUUGAGCAGUAUACAGAGCAGUAGACAUAGCAGUAUACAGAGCAGUUUACAGAGCAGUAUACAGAGCAGUAUAGAGGGCAGUAUACAGAGCAGUAUACAGAGCAGUACACAGAGCAGUAUACAGAGCAGUAUACAGAGCAGUACACAGAGAAGAAUACAGAGCAGUAUGCAGAGCGGUAUGCAUGGCAGUAUACAGAGUUGUAUACAGAGCAGUAUACAGAGCAGUAUACACUAUACAGGGCAGUAUACAGAGCAGUAUACAGGGCAUUAUACAGAGUGGUAUACAGAGCAGUAUACAGGGCCGUAUACAGAGAAGUGCACAGAGCAGUAUACAGAUCAGUAUACAGAGCAGCAUACAGAGCAGUAUCCAGAGCAGUAUACAGAGCAGUAUACAGAGAAGUAUACAGAGCAGUAUACAGAGCACUAUACAGAGCAGUAUACAGAGCAGUGUACAGAGCAGUAA